AUGCUAGCUGAGGAAGUUAAUGAUUGGUGGAUCAACACUCGUCAGGUGUUGGAUAAUGUAGCUGAAGUUAUGGCUUGGUAUGUGUUCAGCAGGGAAUUUAUGAGAAAAUACUUUCUUGAGGAUGUUCGUGGGAAGAAGGAGAUCGAGUUUCUGGAGCUGAAGCAUGGUAACUUGUUGGUUAUUGAGUAUGCUGCCAGAUUUGUGGAACUUGCUAAGUUAUACCCUUAUUACAGUGAGGCGACUGCUGAGUUCUUAAAGUGUAUCAAAUUCAAGAAAGGUUUGCGUCCUGAGAUUAAGCAGGAGAUUGGAUACCUACAGAUCAGUAGGUUUCCAAAGUUGGUGAACAACUGUAGAAUUUACAAGGAUGAUAGUGAGGCUCGGUCGGCUCCCUACAAUGGGCUGAGCGAGAGAAGAGGGAAACAUAAUCUGAACCGUGGGAAGCCAUAUAGUGCUCCAGCUGAUAAAGGUAAACAAAGAGAUGCUUAUGGUAAGAGGCCAAGUGGGGGAGGUGUUUCUACUCCUCUUAAGUGUUAUAGGUGCAGUGAGUUGGGUCAUCGUGUCAGUGAAUGUAAGAGUGAUGUGAAGAAGUGUUACAAGUGUGGGAAGUCAGGAUAUUUGGUUGCUGGUUGCAAAGAGAAUAUGGUGACUUGCUACAACUGUGGUGAACCAAGACAUAUAAGCACUCAUUGA